CCGCAGUUCUUGGUUUAUGGAGACAUGGGUCGAAUUGGAGGAGCUCCCAGUCUUAAACGGCUUAUUAUGGAAGCUAGGUCCGGAAACAACACGGCCGCAUUGCAUGUUGGGGACUUCGCCUACGACCUUCAAACUGAUGGAGGACUUAAUGGUGACGCGUUUAUGAACAGAAUUCAGGACAUGGCCGCGUGGAUUCCUUACAUGACAUGUGUUGGAAAUCACGAGAUUCCUUUCAACUUCAGUCAUUACCGAUACAGGUUUUCCAUGCCGCAACUUCAGUGGCCCACUGAAAUCGACAGAAUGUGGUACAGCUUUGACGUCGCCAGAGCUCACUUCAUCGCUUACUCGUCUGAAGUAUACUUCACCAACGGCUCCAUUCAGGGUCAACUCGAGUGGUUAACCAACGACCUUAAAAAGGCGAAUCAGCCCGAGAACCGUGCUAAGCGUCCUUGGAUAAUUGCAUUUGGUCACAGACCAAUGUACUGUUCAAAUAUUGAUAAAGAUGAUUGUACCACGCUUCACUCUGUGGUUAGACACAGCUUGGAACCGUUGUUUUUCCAGUACGGUGUAGACAUUAUCAUCGAAGCGCAUGAACACUCGUACGAACGCCUCUGGCCAGUGUUCAACGACACAGUAACAGCCCACAACUACAGCAAUCCAAAGGCCCCAGUCCACCUGAUAUCGGGCGCAGCAGGCUGCAAUGAGGCUUAUGGAAUAUGCGUGAAUCCCAUGUUAGGACCUAGAGGUCCCUGGUCCGCCUUCCGCGAGUGGUUCCCAGGCAAUGCUGGUUACGGUAAACUGAGGAUUGAGAACUCAACUCAUGUGUACUGGGAACAAAUUGAAGCUUAUGAUGGUUCGGUUACAGACAGUAUAUGGAUUAAACAGGAACACCACGGGCCUUUCAAACCCCUGGAUCCGUGAUUAUAGUAGGAGACAGAGGGUAACAGCACAAAGUACAGGACACUGUAUAUUUAACCUAGAAUUUCGCUGACCAGCUGCUUUACGUGGAAUCAUUCAAUGGAACUCAAAAUGUUAUUUAUUCCAAAACAUACAGUACAACGUUUAUAUUUUUAGCACUCUUUAACUGCUUUUAACAUAAUUUUGGAGAGAUUUCGAAGUUUCUAUUCUUCAAAAAUGUUCGCACUGAAUGUAAUAAAAUUUAAGUAGUAUCAUAUUGAACUGGAGCUCCAAAAGUCAUCUGGAUGGUGUCAGAUUGAACGAAAAAUAUUUCUUAUUUAAGACUGUAAUCUCGAACUGCUACGAUCAUGUACGGGACUCUUAUUGUAAGAAUUGAAUUUUGAAUACAUUUAAGAUUCUUUUUCGGCUUCGUAUAUAUAUGUAACCACCUUUCCACCGCCUUAGUGCACUCGUGUGCGGGCGUUUGAUAUUUUAGAUGUGUAAGACGCGAUGCAUUUCUUCGAUGUGUGAUGGUGGGUCAAAGGGGAGCGAAGUCAUUUGACGGGGAACUAAUAGAUAAUAAACAUGGAUUGUG